AGUGUGUUUCACUUCACCUUUCUCUGUUUCAAGUAGACUUUGCCGUAUUAGAUCCGUUUCCAACUUGUCUUAUGGACGUCAAAAACAAAACAGGUCAAGUUAGCGAGGCGGCGUCGUCCGCGCUCACCCUUGAGGCAAUUCUGCAGAUUUGCUCAUUCAGCACAAAAGAUGCCGACAACGCCGAAGUGAAACUAGCGGCAGAGAGCGAGAAGAACCAACUUUUGGAACGCCAAGGUAUUAUUGUCGGGUUACGUCUCACAGAGCGCCUUUUAUACAGAGAACCGUUCUUCAACGGAACGCCUACAGAAAUCGCCAGGUAUGUCGGAUAUACAGUGUGGCAGGUGGUAUUCGGUAAAAAGGUCGACUCGAUCAAGGCCAUCGACAGCAUGUACCAUCUUACUGAUCAAGACUUCCGAUGGCUUCAAGGCUUUCCCAAGCUUAAAGAGAUGGAUCGUGUACAGACGCUGGUCACGUCAGACGAAGGUGGGGGCUCCAAGGACACUGAUGCUGAGGAAGCCGCCGGCCCGGUCACCCACAGAGACGUCCUUUUUUACAUGGUGGGCCUUAUCAAAGGAGCAACGCAUCCGUUGGUGGGUCAAAACAAUCUUACCAUUAGCGGGACGUACACGAAAGAGGGUGAAACGUUUUUUGUUCUUGAUUUUCGUUGA